AUGGCCAGCUCGACGCUUGCGACUGCGGGCCGAUUCGCGCUGUCGAGCUCGGCCGGCGCAGGCGCGGGCGCUGGCUCGUCCGGCGUGGCCAACUCGCAUGAACUCGCCCGCCAGCGCCAACAGUUCCCGCCAGCAUCGACUCCGGGUAGCGAGUACCCACCUCAGCCAUCGAACUAUCAUUCUGGUCAGUCGCCGCGUGUUCUUGCGUCCCCUCGGCAUGGGCGGCGGUGAUGGCGCUUGGCGCGUGACGGGCUGGCAGAACCCCCGCGUCGGUGUGCGCGACGAAGUGAUCAGAGACGGCUUGGCAUACCGUGUGUCGCAAGCUGUCCGGAUCCAGCAUCAAUUGACCACGCCAUGGGGCAACCUAUCCAGGCAGGGGGACGACAGGGGUGUGUGCGAUGCGACCUCCUCCACUGACUCUCUCGCGAGCUGGCGCACCUCCUCCGUCAAUGCACAGACGUCAAGGACACGCAGCAUGUCCCCUCGUCGCUCUACGAAUCCAGCGCCUAUCCGAGUUACCGAUCAUCCCAGCAGUCCAAUGGCUCGAUCAUGUCCUCCAAGGAUGCCGAGACUCCACUUUCGUCCUUCCUGGCCCGCUCAUUCGCUCAAGCCAAACACUCCAUCACCUCCUCGACCACGAAACCGAGCGCGCCGUCGAGCGAGACGCCUCUGGUUCAGUCCGCGCUCUCGUCCGUUCGCGAGAGCGUGCCUUUCAUCUUGCUGUGCUCGGCAUGGUACAUGAGCUCGGCCAUGUCGUCCAACACGGGCAAGAGCAUCUUGACCCGGUUCCGCUAUCCUGUCAGUCUCUCAACACGGCCAACCCUGCGCUCCUAGCUCUGACCGAGGUUGUUGGUCGUCUCUUGCGCAAUCAUCUUUUCUCCUCGCAGGUCACUUUGACAAUAGUUCAGUUCGCCUUUGUGGCUUCCUAUUGUGUGGUCAUACUCGCAGUCCGGGAGAGGGUCGCCGUGUCUUCCGCUUCGACCGGUGGGGGUGGGCUGACGUCCCGACGUGGGAGCAUGCCCAUCAAAGGAUUUGGCAUUCGGAAGCCGUCGCGCGCCAUGUUUCAAGGAACGCUCAUGAUGAGUCUCUUCCAAAUCGCCGGGCAUGUAUUCUCCAGUAUGGCUAUCGCGCGAGUGCCUGUCAGCACUGUGCACACAAUCAAGGUCCGUGAAUCUCCACACGUACGCGCAGGCUCGUUCGCCCCGCCUCGCUAACGCGAUUUGUUAAUUGCGUGCAGGCCUUGUCGCCACUUUUCACCGUGAUGGCCUAUGCAAUGCUGUUCCGCGUCAGCUAUAGCUCCGCGACCUACCUCGCAUUGUUGCCUUUAACUGUCGGGGUCAUGUUGGCAUGCUCCUUCGAUCUGCGCGCCAAUGCCGUCGGUUUCUUGUGUGCACUCGGAUCAACGCUCGUUUUCGUCUCUCAAAACAUUUUUUCCAAGAAGCUACUGCCCAAAGAAUCGAGCACGGGCGCGCAUGUCAACACUGGCGGGCCUAACAGCGGCAAACUCGACAAACUCAACCUACUCUUCUACUCGUCCGGCAUGGCCUUCGUGCUCAUGAUCCCGAUCUGGCUCUACUCUGAUGGAUCGGCGCUGCUAUUUCGACCUACACCGCCUGCGCUCGCGAACGCGCCCCCUGGGACGGCGGCCAGUCUCGCCUUCAACUUCUUCCUCAACGGAACCGUGCACUUUGCCCAGAACCUCAUUGCGUUCUCAAUUCUUGCGCGAACGUCCCCCGUCACCUACUCGAUCGCGUCGCUGGUCAAGCGCAUCGCCGUCAUCUGCAUCGCGAUCAUUUGGUCGGGCCAAAAAGUGACAUUGCUUCAGGGCAUGGGCAUGACGAUGACGUUCGGGGGCCUGUGGAUGUACAAUCGCGCAAAGUCGGACGUCGACAAGGGGGAACGCAAGCGUGGCCAAGUCGAAAAGCGUCAAGAGAUGUUCUUGCCGACGACCGCAGGCGACGCUCGCGAUCUCAACACGCCCACCCCGCCACCCGGCGGUCUAGGCAUCUUCACACAGGUCGGAGGGGGGCCCAAUUCGGUGCCGGCUCCCUAUUCCAAUGGCCUCGGCCACGUACCACCUCCUCCCCAUGCGUCCCAGUAUGUAGUCCCUGUCGUGCCUGCACCCGGGUCUCAUCCGCAUUUAUCGCCGUCACAGGGCCAGCCGACGGCCCAUCCGCCCAAUGCGAGCCACGUCAUGCCGCCCCGACCGCAGCAAAAUCGUUUCGAGGUUCCGUUGAGCACGGCUGUAUCUCGGGGCUUACAGCCUGCGCCCGAGAAUCCCCCUGGGAGACGGUCUUGGGAAGGCUCGGCUGUGCACCACAGCGUGACGUCUCCGCGGAUUUCAGCAGCCACGAUGCCGCCCGCGCCGGUUCAAUCGAGUGUUCGAUACCUCUAG